AUGUGGAUACACUGUUGCUUCAUUUGGGUUUUUCGCUGCUCGAUCCGAAGAACUGUAGCCAAGAUGAGCGACGACGGCAAGCACAAGCGCUGGUUUCCACUCGAGUCCAACCCGGAGGUCAUGAACUCAUACGUGGAGAAAAUGGGCUUCCCCACGUCUCAGUUUAGCUUCUGCGACGUACUGAGCACCGAGGAGUGGGCGCUGGCCAUGGUGCCGACUCCCGUAGUUGGAGUCAUUAUGCUUUUCCCGAUCAAGCCACACACGGAGGAAGCGGACAAGCAGGAAGCGGCCAGGAUCGAGAAGGACGGACAAGCAGUGUCCCCCAAUGUCUACUACAUGCGCCAGACUGUUGGCAACGCUUGUGGCACGGUGGGAAUUCUGCACGCAAUUGGCAACAUGCGCCACCUAGUGCAGCUGACUCCUGGGAGCUACUUGGACAAGUUUUUCAAUAAAACUAAGACUAAGUCACCGGAGGAGAUCGCGCAGUGCUUGGAAGAAGACGAUGAGUUGGAGGAAACUCACGGCAGUGCGGCGGAGGCUGGACAGUCGGAGCAACUGGAGAGCGUGGACGACCCGAUCAAUACGCACUUCGUGUGCUUCAGCUGUGUGGAUGGCAACCUGUACGAGCUCGACGGACGGAAGAAGCGUCCCAUCAACCACGGACCUUCGAGCCCUGACACCGUCCUACAGGACGCCUGCCAGGUCAUCAAGAAGUUUAUGGCCAGAGACGAAAGCGAGGUGCGCUUCACCAUCCUGGCACUGGCGAAGACGCCCACCGAGUAA